AUGCGAGAGAAGAAGCUGAUGGAAAGUGGUGACAGUGGAUUGGAUGGGUUAGGAGGACCAGGAGUACAGCUUGGAAGCCCUGAUAAGAAAAAGCGCAAAGCAAAUACACAGGGAUCAUCAUUUCCUCCUCCAUCUGAAUAUGCUCCACCGCCGAAUCCAAGUUCUGACCACCUUGUAGCUGCAAAUCCAUUUGAUGACAACUAUAAUACUGUGUCUUACAAACCACUUCCUUCAGGAAAUCCAUAUUUUAGUAGUCCUGGUUAUCCUGGCUUUGGAGGCUAUAACACUUUCAGAAUGCCACCUCACAUGCUGCCCAGAGUGUCCUCGCCAUAUGGUGGUUCUUACUCUCUCAGAAACCAGCCACACCCUCUUCCUCAAAACCCUGUGGGAAUGGGCUUUAGUCGACCCCACUCUUUCAGCUUUGGUCCACAUGAUAAUCCAGGUUUUGGAAAUCAACCACCUUAUAGUAGUGGUCAGAUAAAUCAAAACGUCAGUAUUCCUGGACAACAUUUCAGACCAAAUCCUGGUGAGAACUUUGGUCAUUCUAGUCAGAUACCUCACCCUGAUGUGCCAUCUAACUUUGGUCCUGGAAAUAAUCCAAAUUUCCCAAAUUCUCAGCUAGAGUCAAACCAUUCUUUCGUUCCUCCACCAAACUCUUACAACCAGACAAAAUCAUCAGCACAAAAGCAAGACUUUAGUCAAGGUGCAAGCAAAGCAUCCAGCCAGAACACUGCUACUCAUCAGCAUCAUCACAGGACAGAGGACAUUGUGAGUCAAGGUAACAGUGACCUAAAAAAUGUUACUCGAAACAAUGUGGUAAAUCAGGAUAGCAGCCAUUCUAAUAGUGCUGAUAACACUAACGCUGGCCAUUCAAAUGGGACUCAGAGUAAGUCCCGCCAGCCUCGAGGUACCGCUGAAGGAUGCAACUCUGAAAAGAGCAGUAAAACGCCCCUUCAUCCCAAUCGUCAUGGUCACUCGUCCUCUGAACCAGUCUAUCCAUGUGGAAUUUGUACACAUGAAGUUAACGAUGACCAGGAUGCCAUCUUAUGUGAAGCCUCUUGUCAAAAAUGGUUUCAUCGAAUCUGCACAGGCAUGACUGAGUCAGCUUAUGGCCUUCUUACAGCAGAAGCAUCAGCAGUAUGGGGUUGUGAUACAUGUAUGGCUGACAAGGAUGUCCAGUUAAUGCGCACAAGAGAAACUGCAGGGCCACCUGCAUUGAAUACGGAUGGCUAGCAACGUGAAUCGGUGGUAGUGGCUGAAAUACUUGUUACAAAGGUUUGGUUACAAAUUGAGUAUUUCACUUUCUCCAGACAAUCAGUUCUAUUUGAUUGCUAGUAUCUUUUCUUCUUUGAUCUGUUUUCACUCAAACUUGCAUCUCAGUUUUAGUACUCUUAGUUUUAGGUGUGCAAAUGUUUUAUAGUUUAAUCAGAAACAAAAAAACACUUGAUCCCGUAGAACAUAACUGACAUCUGAUCAGAAGGAGGAUGUGCAUUCAAAAUGUUAUUGAAGGCAGAAACGUGCCUGUGUGAAUAGCCUCUAUUCACUAGUGUUAGUGUGUUAACUAAAGCUAGCCUUUAGCACUCGGUUUUGAUGGUACUAUACUUGCAGGUGCUCAUUACUUUUUUUUAAUUAUUAUUGGUGAAUGUCCAUUACUGAUAUUCUUGCUAACCUUUCUUUGAAAGUAGUGGAGGUGACAUGGAGGAAUGUGCUGUACUAGUAGUUUUUAUUUUAGGGUAAAUACAGAGGACUUUGUGUGUAUUUUAUCUCUCUCUCCGUUUUUGUUGUUGUUUUUUCAGUAAUGCAUUAACAUUAUUUUUAAAUUUAACUUCAUGCUUAGCAAUACAAUGAAGCCCACUAACUCUCACCUUUAUAUUUCCUUGAAAAGGCAAUGAGCUCUUUUGACUUCUUAGCAAAUAAUUGCUGAGGAGUCUUGCAAGGUCUUGCACUACUUGGAAAUAGUUACAAACUAUGUUGGCAUUUAGAAAGUCAGAAAAGAGCAAGCUUACAAGUCCAAUGCUUUGAAUCUAGAGAAUACCAAAACUCGGGUUGCAUAUGUAACCUUAAUUCAUUUAUCUUAAGCAUAUGCAUACAGUCUCGGCUUCUGUCGUCACUGUUCAACUGACUCCUUUCUCAUUGACGGCUCUAGUCUCCAGCCUCCGUGCUGCCCAAGAAUU